AUGGAUACCAUUUUGGUUUUCAGCCUGAUCAUUGCAUCUUACAGUGCCAACGAUAAAGAACUCAGAGACAGCAGCUGCCACAUGGAAUUACUACCGGGAGUCUCCCCAAAGGAUAUGAAAAGCACCAGGGAUGUGCUAACACAAGAGGUUCUGGCAGAAGCCAAAAGGCACACGUUCACCCAAAACUGGACAAUGGCUCCCCUACAGUGCCUUGGCUCUGGGAGAAAAGUGAAAGUCAACCUUGUCUAUUUGGAGAAAAGACCAAAGGUCAAGCCUACCCUGCAGAACCUAAGAAUCACUGCUGUUCCCCACAGAAACAGCACUAACUCUUCAAGCUGUUACCUCACCCCCACGUUCACCACAUUGCAGACGGGAUCCCUUCUGACAGGCAAAGCUUUUUUACCAGGCCUCUCCCAAUGCAAGGUCUAUCCGGUGAUGGGGGUUUCAUCAAAGACCUUUUUCAUCACCACCACCUCCAUGGCUCCCAAGAAUAAAGCAGCGAAGACUAUCAGUUUAGACAAAGAUGAGAACUUAGAGGAGAGGCAGAAAUGGAGCAUUGUGGUCAAAGUCCUGAUUGCUGCCAUCUUGCUGCUCAGUGGAGCUGCCAUUAUUUUUAAAGUCCUCUGCCCGUGUCAAUGCCUGGGGGCCAGAAAAUUAUGCCAACACCAGCUGCCAUGGAGAAGGCAAAGUCAGGGGGACCAGCAACUGGAGGACGCUGAACCCCAACGUGCCACUCAGCCUGAGAAGGAAAGUGUUGGACAAGAGGCUCCCAACUCAUCAAGCUCAGAGGAAGCUGCAGAGAUCAUUGUUAUCCGCCAGACAUACUUCUGA